AUGACAGCAAAGGCAGUGGCUGUUAUCGCCGGCGUCGGCCCUGGGACGGGAGCCUCCAUAGCUCGUCGCUUUUCCCAAAAGUACCCAGUGGCUCUUCUAGCCCGCAAUCCAAAGAAUUACGAGGGAGUUGUCGACGACAUCACUAAGAGCGGCGGUAAGGCCGUAGGCAUCAGUGCAGACGUAUCGGACGCAGGCAGCGUCAAGCAUGCAUUUGCAGAGGUCGACAAGACUUUUCCAGGCAGCCUGCUUGCUGCUGCUAUAUACAAUGUUGGCGGCGGCCUUUCCGUGAAGCCGUUUCUGGAACUGAACGAAGAUGAUUUCACUCAGGGAUUCAAAACUAGCGGACUGGGAGGUUUCCAUUUCUCUCAGGCCGCAAUACCACGACUCCAAAAGGCCACUGAUUUGGAGCUUCCACCUACAUUGAUAUUUACCGGCGCCACUGCAAGUCUCAAAGCGUCUGCAAAAUUCACAGCGUUUGCAUCAGGCAAGUUUGCCCUGCGAGCUGUUGCACAGUCCCUGGCCAGGGAAUUUGGUCCUCAGGGCAUACACGUCUGUCAUGCCAUCGUUGAUGGAGUCAUCGACAUCGAACGAACAAGCCAUGUCCAAUUUGGCUCUCCCGAUUCAAAACUGGAUCCCGAUGCCAUUGCGGAAACGUACUGGCAUUUACAUUCUCAGCCAAGAACAACAUUUACCCAUGAAGUAGACCUUCGUCCGUACGUAGAGAAAUGGUAA